AUGUCAGUUCGACAAGAUUUGGUGAAAUCAGCAGUGAACUUUCUCAAGGAUCCACAAGUACAGAAUUCCCCGCUGCAAAAACGGGUAGCAUUUUUAGAGUCUAAGGGUCUAACGACUAAUGAAAUUGAGGAAGCAAUAAGACAAGUGAAAGAUGGCGGCAAUAAUGAAUUGUCUGCUGCUGUUGUGGGGCUCUCACAGGCACCGGUUCAACCGGUCCCUACACAAGUUGCCCUUGCUCCACCACCUCCAGUUCCAAGAUUGGACUGGCGCGAUUUUUUUAUUGGUGCCGUUCUCAUUGGUGGAAUUGGUUAUGCCAUAGUGGAAGUCGCAAAGAAAUACAUUGGUCCUCUUUUGAGAACGCCUACGGCUGAUGAAUUGGAACGUGACAAACAAUUCCUCUCCGAUCAAUUCACAAUUACUUCCGAAACAUUGGACAUUGUCAAAGCAGACACUAAGGUUGCAAGGAAGAAUAUUGAUGAACAAUCAUCUCGGAUUAAAGAGACAUUAGAAACAUUAGAUAGCUUGCUAAAAGAUAUGAAAGUUCAAGAGGGAAAAAGGGAUAAUGAUUUGAAAAAUUUAAAGGAAGAUGUUGAUGCCAUUCGAAAUCUGAUCCCAAAGUUAAUCGAAAGAUCCAAAGAAUCUCAAGCUCAGUCUUUAACCGAAUUACAAAGUGAACUUAAAUCACUAAAAUCUCUUCUCACUAAUCGACGUUCAUCUGUUGAAAGAUCACCUAUAAAUGAAGCGCUAACAUCAGCUUCCUCCACAAUUCCUACAACAACUAAUGUGACAUCCCCAACUGUAAUUUCUCCCUUACCUUUUUCAAGUGUGGCAUCCGGUCGUCCGUCAAUUCCGGCCUGGCAAAUGGGUACGAACAUCACCACCGCGACCAAAGUUCCGGUGGAACAAAAUCCAAGUGAACAAAAUGGGACCGCCACAACAAACGGCGUUGAAAACAGUGUUUUACAGUAA